GGCGGAGGCAGAGGCGGAGGAGGAUUGAAAGGUGAGGGCGCGGGGACGACGCGGGGCCAGCUCGGGGCGGGGACUAGCUCUCGCUUGGGCUGCUAAUGGUUUAUUAUAGGGGCAGGGGAAGCCACGCCUCCCCGCGGGCAGGGAGAGAAAAUUCCCGCCGGCUCUCUCAGGAUGGGCGGGGCGGCUCCUCUGCGCGCUUCGCUACAUUCGCGUGCCGCCCGGGCUGAGCUUCAGUGGGUGGGGUGCCAGUUCCUGGCGCGAAGGGGAAGUGGGCAGGACUGAUACGCGGAGCCCGGGUGGUGAUUUCGCGGGUUUCUGGCCUUUCCAGAUUCUUGUUUGUUUUCUGCGGGGGGCCUCACUCCUCUAAGAUCUAGGGGUUUGUGACGUCCCGCGAACGUCAUCGCGAAGCUCUCUCUGAGGGUCCCGUUUCCUAGCUACAGUGCCCCUUCCUCGUGAGCGCGAGGGGCGGACUGGCCGGAGUGCUGCGCCAGGUGUCUGUGUCCCGUCGAGGAACCAGGUUUGUAAUCGUGAAAAAGACUCUGGUGUUAAACUCCCAGGAGGAUCUUUUCCUUCCCCGGCCACUCAUCCCUGCUGAAUUUAGCGAACCAUCCUCAGUAUUACAGAUUUUGAAUAUUUCUCUGUGCGAAAUUGUGGAGUAGUAAACCUUGGUUCUAAAUAGAGGUAAUUGGCUUUCCUCUCUUUAUAUGUUUCUUCAUAUUUUCCUAUUUCUGUCUUGUGCUACCCUGGUUUCCAGCCAGUGGAAGAACUAUGAUACAUUAUUCACGGCAAUGUGAUAACAUUAAAAAAAUCAUAUUAUGUAGCCUUAAAAUCAUGUGUUGUGCUGGCUUGUUUUCUUGUCCCUAGUAGUUUCAUCAGAUUGUGAGCUCCUUGAGAGUAGAGACCGUGUUGUUGAUGUUUUUUCUAGUAACGCCACAGCUCCAAGCGUGCGCUGGCACGUAGUAUCCAUUCAGUGACUAUUUCCUUGGUUUGUUAAGGUUUCUUCUCCAAACUGGCAUAUAAAAGGAAACACUAAGGAGGGGAAAUGUUUUACAAAUAGAAUGCAUCCCUUCUAGUGGAAUUUCAAGAAAUGGCUGAGGGUUCCACUGCCCUUAAUUUUUUAAGUGUAAACCACCACCUACAUUGUUUAUAGAGCAAGUCCAAGAAUUAAUCUUUUCUUGGGGAUGAAUUAACCUCCAAGUAUAGAAUAACGGAUAGUUCUUCUGAUAUUUCUUCUAGAAUAAAGUGUAUUAAGGUGGCACCAAAGUACCCUUUUUAGUUGUAGAGUUACUGUGUUAGAGAAAGAACACAAGCCCUAUGGAUUAUCACCUUUACAUCCUUCGGCAGACAAAGUUUACGUGAUUUUAACCCCCCGAAGCACAAAGGUGUGAUAGUAUUGAUCUUCAUUCACUUAUUUAAUGCUUUCUGUUUGGAGUGUCUGUUUUUCUCUUUGCCUAAAGGUAAGUUAUCAUUAAAGAAGCUUGAUUAAACUCUCAUUUCAAUAUAUUGAGUGUAUACUCAGCAUAUAAAAAAUUGCAUCCAUUUGCAUGGAUAAUUUUCUGAGUGAAUUCUAAUGAUCAAAAGGUGUCUUACCCAUCAACCUAGCUUUGCCUUCUCAUUUCCUCAGGUUCAGUUCACUCACCUUUCCCUCCGUUAUCCUUCUUACCUCCCCAUCUCACCUAGUAAAAGUAUCCACAAUUUAAAAAGAGGAGCUACAUAUUCAAGUUAUCUUCUUUUUCAGUAACAGAAUUUUUGAUAUUCUGAUAUUAUUGAUAUUAUCAGCAAUGUUGAAAAAAGAGAGACCCUGGAAAUUUGGCAGUUGGCCAAAUGAAACAAUUUGUUUAAAUAAAAUUUGCCCCCUAAUAUAUUCAAUACUGGAGUUCCCAUUGUGGCUCAGCAUGUUAAGGACUCAUGUUGUCUCUGUGAGGAUGCAUGUUCAACCCCUGUCCUCACUCAGUGGGUUAAGGAUCUGGCAUUGCUGCAGGCUGGCGUCAUAUCCGGAGUCACUGGAUAUGACUCUGAUCCAGUGUUGCCAUGGCUGUGGCAUAGGCCUGCAGGUGCAGCUCCAAUUCAGCCCCUAACCUGGGAACUUACAUAUGCUGCAGGUGCAGCUGUAAAAAGAAAAAUUCAGUACUGCAAUUUUCCAAAAUAAAUUUUUUCUCAUCAGACUGCCUUUCUUCGAAAUCUUUACAACUCAGUGGAAAUCCCUUAAUUUUUGUGAUCAGUAUCAUCAGUAAGAUGGUAGAGGGAAGUUUGCAAAUUUUCAUCUUUUCUUUUCUUGACUAUUGGAUAAAUAAUUUCCAGAAGUUUCUGGCUUAACUCAUAUGCACUAGAAUUCAGUUACAUAAUUUAAAAAGCAUGCUCUUAAACUCUUAUUUAAAUGAUUUUAAUGGUUAUUUUCUGUAACUAAAAUUUAGCAUGAAUGAGAGAUAAAAUAAUGACUUUUUAAAGACAUAAUUUUUCCUACCUUGUACAAAUAUAAUAUUGGCAGCCGUCAUUGUGUAGCACUGGACCGGGAAUCAGGAGACCUGGUUUCUAAUACCUGCUCUGUUGCUAAGGAGCUGUGUGAUCUUUGGUAAGUCAUUUAAACUCUAUGUCCUUGGCUUUGAUUUUUGUAACAAUAGAUCCUUCCUUCUAGAAUCAUUAUCAGAAUGUUAAAAUAUAUUUGAAAAUGCACUGAAAAUUACACAAAGGAUUUUUUAAUAGCUUAGCUGUGUAGUCAUAGGUAUUUGUAUAGUGUGACAUUCUUAAUCAUUUCUACUGUUGUCAUAAGGCUCACCUCUUGUUAUGAUUAGUAACUAUCUUUGCAUAUGGUAGAGUUUUGUAAGAUAAUCAUCUAGUGUGUAUGAAACUGCUCUUGAAUAUUAAUAAAAUCAUCUUUCACAUUACUGUUCCUGCUGUCCAUACUAUAGUUAUCUACUAAAGCCAUGUUGUCAUUAGUUUUUACAAACUUUUUUUCAUUAUUCCUCCUAAUUCAGACAGAUUUAUAAAAAGCCUUACCUUCUUAUUAUGGUGUAAAGCAUGUACACAGCUUAUGCAAAUUUAGAACUGUAUGUGCUUAAAAAAUACUUCUUUGUACUGCAUGGCUUCAAAAUAUAACCUGCCUAGUUUAUCUGGUGCUUAAUAAAAAGCAAAAAACAGUAAUCUGUUUAAAAUGUGGAAAGGAGGUGGCUCGGUGGUGAAGAAUCUGACUAGGAACCAUGAGGUUGCGGGUUUGAUCCCUGGCCUUGCUCAGUGGGUUAAGAAUCCGGCAUUGCCGUGAGCUGUGGUGUAGGUUGCAGAGGCGGCUUGGAUCCUGUGUUGCUGUGGCUCGUGCGGCCCUAGAAAAGGCAAAAAAACCAAAAACAAAACAAAACAAAAACUAAAAAACCUGGAAAGGAAACUGGGUGGACUUAUUAUGAAAGCAGUAUGGUAUACAAAAAAAAAAAAAAAAAAAACAAAAAAACCCAACUUUGAAGAAUAAUACAGAGAUCUUAAAAAAGAAUAAUUUGACCACACACAGUUUUAUUCUUUGCUGGUUUUAAUAUAAAACUUCUGUAAGAUGCAACCUAAGUAUAACGUCAAAUAGAAUAUUUGGUUUAUGGGCUAGGAUUUGUUAGAUUGCUAUUACAAUGCUGAAUAUAUCUAGUAGUAAUUAUUGUCAUAAGGUUGCUUACAUUAUAAUUUCUGGUGUGAGGAGUUUCUGUUGUGGCUCAGCAGUAACAAACCCUACUAGAAUCCAUAAGGAUGCGGGUUAGAUACCUGGCCCUGUUCAGUGGGUUAGGGAUCCCAUGUUGCCGUGAACUGCGUUGUAGGUUGCACACGUGGCUCAGAUCCUGUGUUGCUGUGAUUGUGAGCAGGCCUGUAGCUGUAGCUCCGAUUUGACCCCUAGCCUGGGAAUUUCCAUAUGCCGCAUGUGUGGCCCUGUUGUUCUGACUUUACAUGAGUUGUUACCAUUAUAGAAGUCAUCACACUGCCUUAUAAAUAUAACAGAAUUUGUAUAAUCAGUUGGAUUGUAUCUGCUCUCCACCACAAAAAAAGUAAUCAUCUUAGGAAGCGGUAAACUUGGUUCAAUAAUACUGCCAUUGCGCCAUUGCUCAAAAAUUUUUUUGGAUUCUAUUAUUGGAAAUACCAUCAGAGUUUGCAGCACAUUUAAAAACUAUCUUUAAAGGUAGUUAAUCUUCAUCUUUUAAAAUUGGAUUUCAUUUCUGAAAUGAAAUGCUAGCAGUGCCAUAUAAUGAAGGCAAGUGAAUAAAGUUGAUAUUUAAACCUCCCUUUGGGAAUAAAAAUGAAGUAUAAUUCUCAUAUUUUUGAUACUAUGGUUUAUAGAAAAUUUCCAGAAUAUUCUGUACCAUGGUGGAAAUAUUGGAACAAUCAGCCUCAUAAGGUUAUUUCUUUAAAGCUGAUAGCACUCAAUUGAGUACAUAAGUUUUUCUGUGCAUGUUAUGAGAUCAGUCUCAUUACAUUGUGAUCAUAUUUCUAUUUUCCUUAGGAACCACGAAGUACAUAUGUUUUAUGGUUCUUCUAGUUAUCUUGUCUCUUAUUCUUCCUUUACUGUAUACUUGUGAUAAUUUUGGUGGAGUUCACCCUUUUCUGAAUCAGAAACUUGGAGCAUUUGUUUUCCUUCCCAAUGCCAUGCUUUCCUUCACCAUGAAACUUUUGUUUUUCCACCUGACUGUGCUAUUGGAUUGUUAGUAAGUUUUCUAUUGAAGAAUAUUGUAUCUUUAACUUUGAGUGAUUUAAAGCCAUUGCCAUUUUACUAAAGUAUAUAGAGGCUGCAAUCUUAUUGGCUAUCUCGGUUUCACACUGUUAUCUUUUUUAUGUCAAUUAAUACUUUAUAACUUUCUUCAUAUAAAUUAUUAAUCCUUUAUGUUAUAAUUCAUGUCAUUUUUCUAUUCAGAAUCCUUCUUUACUUAUGGGAGGAAUCAUUUUGUAAUCCUUUCCUGUUUUUAUUUACCUCUUUUUUUCCAUCAUAAAGCCUUUUUUCACAUUUUUUUUGGUCACAGUUACUAAACAUACUGUGUUCAUUUUCUGUGCCAAAAUUUUGACUUUACCACUUUUUCUUGCCUAAAACCUUUUUUCUUUCAAUCUUUCUGUUCAAAUAUAACCAGUUCUCCAGAGGUCUGUCAGAUCAUAUCUGUCCAAUAAAAUCUUCAGUGAAAUGCUUGCUGUUGUGAUCUUCCUGCACUUUUAUCACAGUUUUUUUAAGUUUUUUUUUUAAUCAUUCAUUUGGUCCUAAAUGAAUACUACCUUGCAUUUUUCACAAUUGUAUGUUUCUGUAUUUAAUUUUUAACCAUGGGUAGUAAUUGUCUAAAGAACAGGACCAUGAUUUUUGUGUGAACCUCUUUUAGCACAACAUACAGCAUAAUUCAGAAUAGAUGUUCAUAUGAUUUCAUAGUUGUUCAAUAAAUUAUUUUUUAAAUAGGUGUUCUGCCAUCUUCACUCAGAUAUUUCAUGUGAUUUUUAUGUUUGUGAACCAUUUAAUAACACCAAAUAAAUAUAGUUUGUACCAUAAAUGUAUUCAUUAUUGUAAUCUGGUUGUCAUUAUUAUAUUCCUAAUGACUUUAUUUUGUAGAAGCUUAAGUGAAAAUGGUGCAUGUUAGAAGAUGUGAAACAAGGAAAAGUUCUAAAACUCAAGAGUGUGAACAGAAAUCUCGGGUUGAUUGGAGGCGGACUAAAAGAAGUAGCCUCUCACAAUUAUGUGAUAGUGAUGACGAGCUUGAGAGUGAUGACGAGUUUGAUAGUGAUGAAAGUGUUGACAAUAAUGCAAGUAUUGACAGUGAUGAAGAACUUGAUAAUAGCAAGGGGCUUGAUAGUAUUAAGAAGCCAGAAAAUGAAAGGGAGCUUAAAUUAAUUAAAGUUGAAAGUGAAGGGAACAACAGUGAGCAUCUCAUUAACACUAGCAACACUUCAGUAUAUGAGGAAGAAAAGAACAAAACCAAACAUGAAAGUAUUAACUUAUCAGAUCACAGAGAGCAUUCAAGUCAAGAGGAGGAUGAUCUCAACAUACACACUGGACAAAUAACAGAGGAGGAUUUAGAAGAAGAACACAUCAAGCGAGGGAAGAGAAAAAGGAUCUCCUCGGUGAUGUAUGACAGUGAUGAGAGUGAUGACAGUGAUAUCCUAGUUAGAAAAGUGGGCAUUAAGCGUCCACGUAGAGUGGUUGAAGAUGAAUGUUCUUCAGUGGAGAUGGAGCAAAAAAACCCUGAAAAAGCAUUAGCCGCAAAAAAACAAGAACAGCUCCAGAAAUUGAAAGAACUCUCAAAACAACGAUCUCGUCAGAGACGCACUAGUAGUAGAGAUUUUGAGGACUCUGAAAAGGAAUCUUGCUCAAGCAGUGAUGAAAAUGAGGAGGAGGAGGAGGAGGAGAAUUAUGAAGAUGGAGAUGAUUAUAUCAUUGAUGACUUUGUAGUGAAAGAUGAGGAGGGUGAUGAAGAGAACAAAAGCCAACAAGGAGAAAAACUGACCACAUCACAACUGAAAUUAGUAAAACAGAAUUCUCUUUAUUCUUUUAGUGACCACUAUACUCACUUUGAAAGAGUUGUGAAGGCUCUUCUGAUCAAUGCGCUAGAUGAUUCUUUCCUGGAAACAUUAUAUGAUGGCACCAGGCAAAAAUCAUAUGCAAAAGAUAUGUUGACAUCGCUUGAUUAUUUGGAUAACCGCUUUGUUCAGCCUCGUCUAGAGAGUUUAGUCUCUAGAAGUCGUUGGAAAGAGCAAUAUAAGGAGCGGGUAGAAAAUUAUUCUAAUGUAACUAUUCAUUCAAAGAAUCCUGAGGAUUGUUCUUGCCAAGCUUGUGGAUUGCAUCGCCGCUGUAGCUAUUCAGUGCAUUUAUCAGGAAAGUUGUAUAACACCAGGACCAUGGAAACAGAUGAUUUCAUGUCACAGGAUAAACAGGUGUUUACUGUUGGCAGAAUUUGUGCUAAUCGUACCAGAAUUUAUCAUACACUGAAACAUUUUAAAUUCAAGCUGUACCAGGAAUGUUGCUCCAUUGCAAAGACAGAAGAAGUGGAGGAUGAACAGGUUAAAGAAACAGUGGAGAGAAUUUUCAAUCAAUCAAAAGAAAGAGGCUGGAUUGAAGAGAAAUAUGGUCAACUUCAAGAAUAUCUCAAUUGUGCGGAUUACUUCCAAGAUGAGAAGUUUGACUGAAUUGUAACACAUUUCCUUCAGAGAAGAUUUUGUAAAUUCAUAUAAAUGUGAAGAUCAUGAGUCUUGUUUCUCUGUAUCAUGUGACAUAUUUAUGUAUAUUAUGUAUAUCUUCAUGACAAAAUAUCUUGUGUACAACAUAUUUUCAUCUUAAUUUCCAGAAAAGCACGCUAAUAAAACUUUUAUCUGCUGUACAUAGAAAACAUAUGCUCAAUAAUUUUUAAGUAAGCAUAUUUUAAAGUUACAUAACCAUGCCUUUAUAACACGUGACUAUCAAGGAGCUGUUCAUGUCCUGUCAGUUUAGUAGAAAAGCACUGUAUUUAAAAAAUGUAUUUAGAGUAACAUCUAUGUGUAAUUAUUGAUGAAUCCCUGCCCUGGUCUGUUUAUUAUCUAUUUGCAGUAUUAAAUGAUCUUCAUUAAUAUAUUUUUUAUUGCCACUGUUAUCUACAUCAGUGGACUGUAGAAGAAGAAUCAGUGUUUCAUUUAGCUCAAUUCUCUUGUCUCAUAAUCAGACUGAGUCUACCUAUCCUAAGCAGAAAUCUGCUUUUUUUUUUAAACUCUUCCAAAGUUUCCUUUACAAAUAGAUUUUAGGCCUCCAUAAUCUUUCACAAUUCACGUUCAGGAAUAAUUUCGUAUAUGUAUUCUUCAUGCUUCAUAAUGUUCUUUCUCUUUCUAUCCCAUUCUAUCUACAUGUUAAUGGUUAAGAUGUAUUUCAUUUAUUUUUAUCCAUAACUUUUCCCAUAUAAUUAUUUAUGUUAGAAGAUCUCAGACAAAUUCAACCAAAAAUAGUUUAAAACCAUAUUUUGGCAUCUGCAUUGCUUUGCACAUCUAAAAUUUCCCAUAAUAAAAUAAAAUGGAUUCAGAAUGAACAAAUGGA